AUGGAAUUCGAAACGUAUGCUCAACAUCCUUUUGGUAUGAAUGGCUACGCCGGUCCAGGCAUGAUCAACAUGUCCAGUAUGGUUGCUGCCCUACCAGAUUACCAGGCGCGACACUAUCAGCAACAACCUUUUCCUCAACAGUUUCAAUCGCCAGGAGCGGCUAAUCAGUCUUUGAUGUACCAAUAUCAACAGAACGCACAGUUUGCUGGCCAGACUGCUACAAGCUAUAAUCAUCCAUUCGCUCAACAGUUUCACAAUCAAUAUGUGCAAGGCCAUCAACCCAGACAGCAACAGCAACAGCAACAACAGCAGCAGCAGCAACAACAACAUGCGAUGUACCCCCAAUUCGUUGGCAACCCCAGCGGACCAGGCGGUGGACAUCAUAUACAAAAUCAAAACUAUAUACUCCAACAACCUAUGAUGCACAACCCAAAUGUUCCCUUGCAGCAGCAUCAACUUCAGUCUCCACAAUUUUUGCGACAGCAAAAUACCAUGUACGGGGGUGCAUAUGACUCUCGAGCAGCGGGCGGAUAUCCUCUGCCACAGCUACGGCUUGAUAGCUCACUUGCACAUGCUGGAACAACAAAUCUCCAUCCGCAGCUUCAAAGUACAGUGCGAAGAUCAAGCUCCAACUCAUCCCUCCAGAAGUCGGUCCUGCGAGGUCCUCCAAGAAAGCCUAAGCAAUCUGGCCAUGCGCUUUGGGUGGGUAAUCUCCCACCGGCGACACACAUUAUAGAUCUGAAAGAUCACUUUUCUCGGGAUGCUACUGAUGAUAUAGAGAGCGUCUUUCUCAUUUCAAAGAGCAAUUGUGCUUUUGUCAAUUACAAAUCCGAAGCAAGCUGCGCAGCUGCUAUGUCUCGCUUCCAUGAUUCUCGCUUUCAAGGAGUUCGACUGGUCUGCAGAUUACGUCGUGGAAGUAUGUCAACAAAUGCUACACAAUCUGUACCAAAGCCAAACCUUGACUCAAAAAUAGAUGGGGAAGCUUCACCCGUCGUAGAAGACGGCGCACUCACAGACGGUGAAGCAAAAGCAUCAUCAGAGUCAGAGACGGAGGUUGUGGAGAAGGUUAAGGAGAAGUUUUUCGUUGUCAAGAGUUUGACUGUGGACGAUUUGGAGCGAAGUGUGCAAAGUGGAGUUUGGGCAACGCAGGCUCAUAAUGAAGCCGCGCUGAACAAAGCAUUUGACGCGGCUGAAAAUGUGUAUCUGAUAUUCUCAGCCAACAAGUCAGGCGAGUAUUUUGGAUACGCCAGGAUGGAGUCUACCAUUGAUGGUAACGCGGUCGCGGAUGUUGAAUAUCAACCAAGUCCCGAAGUUUCGAUCCCGACUUCAACAGAUCUACCCCUUACCAUACCAACACAAGCAACUUCUACAGCUCCCAGAGGACGGAUUAUCGAUGACUCUGCACGAGGUACCAUUUUUUGGGAAGCAGAACCAGAGAAAAAGCUCCAAGAGGAGCAAGUGGCUGAAGACGAGGGCGGUGAUCUAUCUGGCGAAGGUGAUGAUUCUGCCAACAUAUCUCCUGGUACACCACAAGCCUUUGGAAAGCCUUUCAAGAUCAAGUGGAUAUCAACGGACCGACUUCCUUUCUACCGAACGAGAGGUUUGCGAAAUCCUUGGAACGCGAACCGAGAAGUCAAGAUCGCUCGAGAUGGUACCGAGAUCGAACCAAGUAUCGGCCGUCGACUUGUCAGCAUGUUCCACCGUCCACAAAUGCCUACAAGUAGCCCUAAUGCUACCCGUCAGCAGCAACCACCACCACCACCACAAGGCGGAAUGAGUCCAUACAUGAAUCCCCAUGGCUCUGCACCAGGAGGUGUGUAUGGCAGGACUUAUUGA